AUGUAUGCAGUCCAGCUUCUAAGUCAGUUCAUGCAAGCUCCAAAGAAAAUUCAUUAUGAAGCAGCUAUGCGUGUUGUGAGAUAUAUUCAAAAGAACCCAGGUGAAGGCAUUUUGUUUUCAGCUAAGAGUAAACCCAGCUUAGUUGCGUUUUGUGAUUCUGAUUGGGCUGCUUGUCCCAUGUCAAGACGUUCUGUUUCAGGCUAUUGUGUUAAACUAGGAGAUUCUCUCAUCUGUUGGAUAUCUAAGAAGCAAAGAACAAUUUCACUAUCAUCGGCUGAGGCUGAAUAUAGGUGCAUGGCAUCUAGGUGGCAGAAUUGGUUUGGUUGA